AUGCUAGCUUUACAACCGAGAUCUGCGGCGGCCAGGAUGGCUGCCAUGAACAGCAGCAGAAUCGUUAGCAGCCGGACGACUGUGUUGGGCUCACGAAGCAACUCGUCUAUCUCGGCUAUGGCGUAUAAAGUGCUCCAUCGUAAUAAGAAACAGCCUCCUCUUCCUACUAUUGAAACUCCCAGUUGGUCGACCAAAGCCGCUAUCUCGUCGAUUCUUUACGAGACUCCCGAACGUCGACCUACCCCUGUUAAGGCCCAUGUUUUGAACUGUCUUGUUCAGAACGAGCCUGGUGUGUUGUCCCGUGUUUCGGGUACUUUGGCUGCUCGUGGAUUCAAUAUCGAUUCUUUGGUAGUGUGUAAUACUGAAGUCAAGGAUCUGUCUCGUAUGACAAUUGUUCUUGAAGGACCGGAUGGAAUUGUCGAACAAGCCCGUCGUCAAAUCGAGGAUUUGGUUCCUGUAUGGGCCGUUCUGGAUUACACUGAUGCUCCUAUUGUGAGCCGUGAACUGUUACUUGCAAAAGUGUCACUUCUUGGACCAGAAUAUUUCGAGGAAUUGUUGACCCAUCAUGGUCAUGCUCAUAAGAUCGCAGCUGGUGAAGCGUCUGCUUCGACUCCUCCACCAACGUUUGCUGUUAAAGAUUUUCACCCAAAUAACAUUCCCUCUUCCGAGGCCCUUCGUCAUAAACACCAGCACCUGGACGCUAUUUCGAAACUCGCCGGUCAGUUUGGCGGCCGUGUCGCCGACAUUUCUGACCGAAACUGCAUUGUCGAGCUGUGUGCCAAACCCGAGCGAAUCUCGGCUUUCAUUCACCUUCUCCAACCCUUCGGUAUCCUCGAGAUCGCACGUUCCGGUAUGACCGCCUUGUCACGAACUCCUCUUGAUCGGGCUCUCGACAACGAGCCAUCGAAAGACGCCGACGAGAUCGUCGACUACAGCACCCUCCCUCCUGGCUAA